AUGAAGAAGAGAGAGCAUGGAGGGAGGGGACUAACAAUGAACGAGGGGAUAGUUUCCUGGAAAUAACCUUGACUUUAUUGACAGAGCACAAUGUUCUGAGUUAAGUACACUUCUGUCAAAGAUGGGCAUUGGAAGAGCCACAGCCACUCAAUAACCAGACGUACAAAACUGCAAGCAAAUUGGUAACAGCCAGCAGACAGAAUAAAACGCUCGCCACAUUUCAUCACAUGGGAAGCAUGUCUGCAGCUGCUAUGUUGGGCAGGACAGUCCUGAGCAGAGGCAUCACUGCCAGCCGCCUCAGUAAGAAUGUAACUUUGUACAUGAAUGAAUUAGCACCUCCAGUCUACGGAUGUCAGACCAAAGUCCCCGAAGUCGUUAAACCUCUUAUGCUCAUGCUGCCGUGGUUGGGAUCGCGUCCUCAAGCUGUAGCCAAAUAUUGUGAAAUCUACUUCCGCAGCGGCUUUGAUGUGCUUGUAGUGGAGAGCGAGGUACAAGAGUUCCUGUGGCCUCCCUGGGGUCUGGAACAAGGAAAGAGGUUGCUCAAGUUGCUCCAGAGUGAACGCUUUGUGUCCCGCCCUCUGCUUGUCCAUGCCUUCUCUAUCGGUGGCUACUCAUUUACUCAGCUGCUGAUGCUAGUGUCCCAGGACACGCAGACAUAUCAAGGGUUUACACAGAGGAUAAAAGGCCAAGUCUAUGACAGCCUUGUCGUGGGCUCCGUGGAGAUGAUGAUAAAAGGUCUAGGUAAGACUGUAUUUCCACGUAUGGAGACACUGGUAACACAAGUAAGCAGGUUAUACUUUGGCAUGUUCAAACGCCACACGGUGGACUACUUUAACAAAACUAUUGAUAUGUUUUGGGACACUCCUGUCACCUCUCCUGCACUGUUCUUCUUUUGUGAGAAUGAUCCAAUGAGCAACCCUCGAGCCAUGGAGGAGGUUAUUGAUCACUGGCGAAAGCGCGGGAUAGACAUCACAGCAAAGAAGUGGGAGGAUUCAACACAUGCAGGCCACCUAAAGAGGCACCAACAAGAGUAUUUGACAACCCUAGACAUGUUCAUACACUCACUCUGCUUUGCCCCCCUGAAGGCCAAGAUGUAAGAUAAUUUCAUCGCAACACAAUGUCAUAUUAGCCUGACUCUGCUUGUUUAUGAAGAAAAAUAACAUUUAUCUGAAGUAGUUUGUUAUAGGCAUCAUGCAUCAGCAAUUUUAUUGAGAUGACACAUUUCCUUACAGGUGUGUUUUUACUUAAAGUGCAUAUAGCAACACGUGACAAGAAUAUAUGUAAUAACUAUGGUGAACACAUAUCUGUUUGAAAAUGUUUUGUUGAAUUAUAUUACAUUAAAUUAUAUACAAUGGCUUAGGUUUAGUUGAUUUGAGAUCCAACAAUAUCAACUAAAUGAGCUCCAUAAUGUGAAUUGUACAGUAUAGCAGACAACAUUCAUACAGGAUUGUAUAUUUUCUGUUUCUGUGGGUGUGUCUUUUCCAGAAGAAACUUAGUUCUUUACCCUUCAUUUGUCUGUCAAGGGACAGUGCUCUUUGUUAGAUGAAUGUUAAAGCUUGUGUGGCUUUAACAUUAAUUUAUGGUUGAUUGUGCUAUCAUCUCAGAAGGUAAACUUGCUGCAUUUCUGCUUUGAAUAAGUCGCAUAUUAAAGUUGUACACUUAUAUUUCUCAUAUUGGCUAUGUGACAGUGAAUACAGGGAAAUGAAAGCUGGCAGGUAACUAGUUAAACCAGCCAAUGGAGGGAAGCAAAAUAAUAAUAAUCUAAUUCAAAACAAGGAGCUUGCAAAGUGGUUAGCGAGAGAGAAUGAGGAAGGUGGAGGAAGAACCUUUUGUAGGCGAACAGGAAGAUUGAGUUAAUUGGGAUCUUCAGACGGGUAAACAUAACACUAUAGAGGUCAUAAAUAGUCAGAAAUUAUAUCUAUGGUACCUACUCUUAAUAAUACGUAUAGGCUACUCAAAGAAUGCUACUUUCUCUAAGACAAAACAUAUGUUCAUCACUUCACAGCAUAUUUACAAAAACAACUCCAAAUACUUUUUGAUGGUCUACCACUGACAUGUUGGUGUUUGUUGACAGGGCUGAUACACCACUGUAUGAAAACACUAUAAUACAUCCAGGAGAGUAUAUGGCUGUUGAGACAGAGAUGGCAUAAUGAGCCUCAGUGGUAAACCUGUAUAAAUGACGAUUGCUUGACAAACUACCAAAGCAGCUAGUAACAAUUUAUUUAAUGAAUGAAAUGUCUGCUGAAGGUUGUUCUUGGAACAUGUGCCUCUUAUAUUGUAAAGCUUUGUGUCUCAUAACAUUGUGUGUAUUUCUGUUUCGUGCAAAAAAAAGUUGUCAACAUUUUCUAUUCUAUUUUUUGUUAUUAUAAAUGUGUUCCUUCACUUUG